AUGGCAACGCUCGAGUUCUUCUGCAACCGGCUCUCCAUUGUUGCUCUCAUGGAGCUCUCCACCUACCUCUCACCGCCACCACUCCCCUCCUCGCCAGCUGGCACAACAAGCGCAGCUCCUAUGCCUCCCACUGCUAACCUCCCGGCCCCUGCUCUCCCGGCUGCUGCUUCCGCUGCUGAUAUUGGCAGCCCUGGGAUGGAAGGCAGGAGCAACAGGGGAGGGGAUGAAGGGAGGAAGGGAGAGGGUGUGGAGGAGAAGGGGGAGCGGGAGGGGCAGAUGGGGCGGGAGGCGGUGAAGGGGUUGUUGGGGCGGGGCAAGGCGCGGGUGGUGUUUGGGCUGCACAUGGCCAUGCAGCACGCACGCGUCUUCCUUAACCUUGAGGACGGCAGACAGCUUGCCAUGCUGGAACAGGAGAGGCUGAGCGUGCAGGUCAAGGUAUUUCCGGCAUCGACACGUGUCAACGCCUCAUUGGGCAAUCUGCGGCUGUGCAACCUGCAGCUGCCACCAUCACACCCCUGGCGAUGGUUCUGUGACCUGCGGGACAAGCAGAGCGCCUCGCUGGUUGAGAUAGAGUACAACUCAUACAACCCGGACGACGACGACUAUGAGGGCUUUGAGUACAGCAUUGAUGGCAAGCUGUCCGCUGUGCGCCUCAUCUUCCUCUACCGCUUCGUGCAAGAGUUCAUGGCGUACUUCUGGGGGCUGGCUGCGCCGGGGGUGCGGCAGGAGAUGGUGGUGCGAGUGGUGGACGCGGUGGGCGGCAUCGAGCGGCGCAUCCAGCAGUGGGAGGUGGCGGGCAGCAGCGGCAUCCGCUACAACGUCUCCCUUGACGCGCCCAUCCUCAUUCUGCCUCGCACCACCGACAGCCAAGAGUUCAUGCAGCUGGGGCUGGGGCACAUGGGCAUCCGGAGCAGCGUGGAGUGGCGUGGUGGCAAGUCCAUUGAGGAUGCCGGUGCUGUGCGCUGUGAUGUGAUUACAGUGGAGAGUCGAGACGUGAGUCUGCUGGUGGGAGCGGAGGGUGUGGCGGGGGCGGCCAUGAUAGAGCGCAUGGCGGGGCUGACACUCACCAUCCAGCGCCAACUCAGAGACCUCUUCAAGAAGCUGCCCACCUACCAGUUCCACAUCCACAUGGGCGAGCUGAGGGUGGUGAUGAGCCACCGCGAGUACCUCAUCAUCUGCGACUGCCUCUUCGCCAACCUCGCCGAGCCCCCUCAGCCCCCACCCUACUUCCGCCUCCCCCCGCCGUCCACCUCCUCGUCCACCCAGCCCUCCCAUCCCACUCCCUCCGCCCAAGUCACGAGCCCCACCUCUCUGUCGUCCCCGCGCUCGCCCACGCCUCCAUCCUCGCCCCCUCCUACUACUGUUGUGGCUGGCGGACAAACGGGCGAGGGCAAGGGUGCGCAGGGGGCACAAGGGGAAGGCGGGCAGGGGAGGGCAGGCGAGGUGGCGAAGGCGGGAGGGGCAGGAGGGGCGGGGGCAGCAUUCACGUACUUCAGAGUGCUGGUGGACGUGCAGCACGUGCAGAUGGAGCUCUUCACCGGCCACACCCGCGACUCCUCCCUCGCCCUGCUGCAGAUCGAGGGGCUGUGGGUGGAGUACCGAACAACCAGUGCGCGGGAGAUGGAGGUGAUGCUCUCACUGCCCACCAUGGCCAUCAUCGACCGCCGCGCCGCCACGCGCCAGGAGCUGCGCCUCAUGAUGGGCUCCGCGCUGCACGCCCACUCCCAUGCACCGCCCGCCCCCCCGGGGCACGGCGAAGUGCCGGCAGGGGUUAAGGCAGGGGGGGCGGCAGAUGAGGGAAGAGGGCGCCAGAUGGGGGGAGGGUCACCGCCAGUGGCGCUGAGCAUGGUGGUGCUGAACUACUCCACUCGCCCCGCUGCGCGCGCCGUGGUGCUGCGCUUCCAGCGGCCUCGCGUGCUGGUGGCCCUCGACUUCCUCCUCGCCGUCACCCACUUCUUCUUCCCUUCGCUCGCUGCCUCCUCCGGCAACGACACUGACAGGGACGAGCGAGACGACCCUGCCAGCCUGGCGCAUGCUGUGGUGCUGACAAGUGGCACGACGCGACAAGCGAAGGCGGUGGUGACGGUGUCACCGCAGCGGCAGCUGAUAGCGGAGGCGGCGGGGGUGGACGAGUACGAGUACGACGGGUGCGGGGGGGUGCUGCGCCUCCUGCCCUCUGAUGCCCAGGGGGGCACAGCCGUGCCGGCGGGCAAGCAGCAGGGCGAGGGCGUGGCGGGCGGGCCGGUGAUAGUGGUGGGCAACGGGAAGCACCUGCGCCUCAAGAACAUCACUGUGGAGAGUGCGUGGGCGUGGGAGCAGAGUGUGUACCUGGGGUGCGACAGCAGCUUCACUGCCGACCCUGAGGACGGGGUUAUCUGGCGCCACACCCCCCUCGCUCCUGGCCCCAACGCUGCUGGGGGCGCAGGCAGCAGAGAGAGCAGCGGGGCGGAGGCAGGAGGUGCAGGGGUGGGUGGGGAGGCUGAGGUGCCUCCGGAGCAGACCUCCUUCUCCUUUGACCUUCAGGUGCGCGGACUGUACCUUCAGGCGGUGGGGCCGGAGCUGACGUUCUACGACAGCACCAAGUGGCCUGCCGGCAUCCCCUUCCGCCCUGAGAGGAUUCUGCGCGCCUCCUUUGACGUCAGCCUGCUGUAUGCGGCCAAGGGCGCGGACACGUGGGUGAAGGGGACGGUGCGCGGGCUGCUGGUGGAGACGGCAGCGGGGCUGGCGGUGGUGGAGCCGGUGGACGCCCACUGUGAGCGCGAGUGCGUGGCCGGCAAGACCUCCCUCGAGCUCGCCUGCACCGAUGUGUCGCUGCGCCUGCCCUUCCACUCGCUGCGCCUGCUGCACCGCCUGCACGCCGACACCGCUGCCGCCCUCAAGCUGGGCGGCGGGCCCGUGGCGGUGCGGUGCCGGCAGUUCGACCGCAUCUGGAACUCCGGCACAGACUCACAGGAGGGAAGGGAAGGAGGGGAGGGCGAGCAGCCCAUCACGCUGUGGCGGCCCUGUGCGCCUGCAGGCUAUGCCAUCCUGGGCGACUGCGCCACGGUGGGGGCGGCGCCACCAGAGCACGCGGUGCUGGCGGUGAGCACGGCCUUCAGGCGUGUCAAGCGCCCCCUCGGCUUCUCCCUGCUCUGGUGCUCCCACGCGCCCGCUGCCGCCCCAGCACAGGAGGCAGCGGACGUGGCAGCGGGCGGGGAGGGAGGGGACGACACGCACUGCCGCAUCUGGCUGCCGCUGGCGCCGCCCGGCUAUGCUGCGCUGGGAUGCGUGGCGGCCGUGGGGCGAGCGCCGCCACACGUGUCCACGGUGCACUGUGUGCGCUGCGACCUGCUCACGCCCUCCUCCCUCAGCGACUGCAUCUUCUACCGCCCGGGUGCCAGGUCGCCUACGAGUGACGCUAGCGGCACGGAGCGGGGUGGCAACACCGGGGGCGGGGCGAGCAUGUGGGUGGUAGGCAACUCCAUGCGCACCUUCUUCGCCUGCCAGGGCACGGCCCCGCCACCACCCGCCGUGCUGAGGGACCUGCGGGAGGAUCUGCGCUUCCACCCCGCCACCACCGCACCCGACCCUGAUGACACCGACCCAGAAGCUUCCUCUCACUCCCCCACCUCCACGUCGCUCACCCGCGUGCCUUCCGGGCGGUUAGAAUCGCUCGCCCGCCUGCCCUCCUCGCGCUUCCAACCGCCCCUCGCUGCCUCCGCCUCCGCUCUGGCUGGUGCGGCGGGGGCGGCGGCGCGGCCAUUCGUGCCGGCGGCGAGCUUUGAGCGCGUGUGGUGGAGCAAGGGCGCGGCGGGCGUGACAAGCCACGUGAGCUUCUGGCGGCCGGUGGCAGUGCCGGGCUAUGCCAUGCUGGGCGACUGUGUGGCGGACGGCUUCGACCCACCUGACGCGGGGCUGCUGCUGCUGGACGACCUGGACUCGGGCCGCGUGGCGGCGCCCCUCAGCUUCCUGCACAAGCUCACCCUCGCCGCACCCGCCUGGCCAGAGGAGGCCUCCGUGUGGUUCCCCCUGGCGCCGCCCGGCUACGUGGCGCUGGGCUGUGUGGUGACGCGCGGCCGCGAGCCCCCUUCUGCCGGGCUGGGUGUGCGCUGUGUGCGAGCUGACCUGCUGGCGCCCAAGGGCUUUGCAGGCCGGCCGGCAUGGACUGUUGGUGUGCCGCCCAAAGGAGAGUCCAUCGCCAGCUUCUGGCCCGUCAUCAACCAGGUGGGGCGGUGGGAGUGGGGCGGUGGGAGUGGGGCGGUGCGGUGGGAGUGGGGCGGUGAGAGUGGGGGUGGGGCGUGUUGCAUGUUUAACUGA